CGUUAUCUCUGCGCGUGGAGCCGUACGGAGGUGCAGUGUCCCUGGGAGUCUCGUUUCCUUUGCCUUCUCCGACCUGCAGCAUCCUUCCCUUACUCAUCUACAGCAGUAGUUUCUCUGUGAAGUUCAGAAUAGAGCACAAGUAAGCUCAAGGCCUUGAUUAAAGGUUUUGGUGAGAUCAUAAUUGUGUGAAGAAUGCUCCAUGGCAUUGCGGAUUUCCAUGAAGCGUAGAUAAGAUGGGCCUUGUAAAUUCAGCCUGCUCUAUUAAGGAUACUGUAGGGACUGCCAUGCACUCCUUCCUCAGUCGGGGAACAGAAGCUAAGAGCAGUGUCUCUGCCUGCCUGCAUGUCUGCCAAGCCACUCCAGCAUACUUCCUUCCCGAGUGAUGAGUCAACAAUCUAGGUUUGCCUCUCAAGCUGCUUUUGACCACUCUAGAUAGGAGCGACGCACUGAAUCUGACAUGAUUCUUCUCAGUUGCACUGCCACAGAUGGAAUUCUGGAUACGAGGAAUGCAAAUUGAUAAGACUUGUUGGUAUUCCUUCUGCGGUAGCCUGGCACAUCUCUGAGCAGCAGCAGAGCAGCUCUGCAAACAAAAAAGAAAUAGAAGACGUUAACCCACCUUGUUCAGAGAAAACACUAAAUCAGCACAAUAUGGCACAGCAUAGCAUUGUCCUUGGAUUAUUCAUGAUGACUGUUUUAUCGCUGUUGGAUGGAAGUUCAGCUUUCCUGUUAAAUCAGCGUCUGAAGGGAAGAUUUCAAAGAGACCGUAGAAACAUCCGUCCAAACAUCAUCCUUGUUCUUACUGAUGAUCAGGAUGUAGAACUUGGUUCAAUGCAAGUGAUGAAUAAAACAAGGCGGAUCAUGGAACACGGAGGUGCUCACUUCAUCAACGCCUUCGUGACAACACCCAUGUGCUGCCCAUCUCGCUCCUCUAUUCUUACGGGGAAGUACGUGCACAACCACAACACUUACACUAACAAUGAGAACUGUUCUUCUCCGUCCUGGCAGGCUCAGCAUGAAAUACGUACAUUUGCUGUGUACCUCAACAACACAGGAUACAGGACAGCUUUCUUCGGAAAGUACCUUAAUGAAUACAAUGGUUCCUAUGUGCCUCCUGGUUGGAAAGAAUGGGUUGGAUUGCUUAAAAACUCUCGAUUUUACAACUACACACUCUGUAGAAAUGGAGUGAAGGAGAAGCAUGGAUUUGACUACUCCAGGGAUUAUCUAACUGAUCUGAUCACCAAUGACAGUAUUACCUUCUUCAGAAUCUCCAAGAAGAUGUAUCCUCACAGGCCUGUCUUGAUGGUUUUAAGCCAUGCUGCUCCUCAUGGUCCUGAAGAUUCAGCCCCUCAGUAUUCACAUCUCUUUCCUAAUGCCUCACAACACAUCACUCCUAGUUAUAACUAUGCUCCAAACCCAGACAAGCACUGGAUAAUGAGGUAUACAGGUCCCAUGAAACCUAUACACAUGGAGUUCACUAACAUGCUGCAGAGGAAGCGCCUUCAAACACUCAUGUCUGUGGAUGACUCUAUGGAGAUGAUUUAUAAUACGUUGGUUGAAACAGGUGAACUGGACAACACCUAUAUAAUAUACACAGCUGACCAUGGUUAUCAUAUUGGGCAGUUUGGGCUAGUGAAAGGAAAGUCCAUGCCAUAUGAGUUCGAUAUCAGAGUUCCUUUCUAUGUCCGAGGUCCAAAUGUGGAAGCUGGGUCCUUGAAUCCUCACAUUGUGUUGAACAUUGAUCUUGCACCUACAAUUCUAGAUAUUGCUGGACUGGAUAUUCCAUCUGAUAUGGACGGUAAAUCCAUUUUAAAACUUCUGGAUUCUGAGAGACCAGUAAAUAGGUUCCAUUUAAAGAAAAAGAUGAAGGUGUGGAGAGACUCAUUCCUAGUGGAGAGGGGUAAACUACUGCAUAAGAGAGAGAAUGAGAAAGUAGAUGCCCAAGAAGAAAACUUCCUACCCAAAUACCAGCGUGUGAAAGACCUCUGUCAGCGAGCUGAGUAUCAAACAGCCUGUGAACAGCUUGGGCAGAAAUGGCAGUGUGUGGAAGAUGCCAGUGGGAAGCUCAAGCUACACAAGUGCAAGGGAAUGGCAAACUUGGCAGCUGCAGGCACCAGCAAAGGCACCUCAAACCUUUUGCCCAAGUAUUACAACAGGAAUAGUGAAGACUGCAACUGUGAAGAGAACGAAUACAAGCUGAGCCAUGUCGGACGGAGAAAGAAAUUCUUCUCCAAGAAGAAGUACAAACCAAGCUAUGUCCGGAAUCGCUCUAUCCGUUCUGUGUCGGUUGAGUUGGAUGGAGAGGUUUACAACUUCGGGCUAGAGGAUGGAUACCAACCGGUCUUACCAAGGAACAUCACCAAAAGACACAAGAUGCAGAGGGAUAUUGCUCGUGAAGAGGAAGAUAGAGACAUGGGGGAGUACAGUGGCACUGGUGGCAUUGCAGAGUAUACAGCCCCUAACCUAAUAAAAGUGACUCACAGGUGCUAUAUCCUGGAGAAUGAUACUGUUCAGUGUGACACAGAUCUGUACAGGUCACUGCAAGCUUGGAAGGACCAUAAACUUCAUAUUGACCAUGAGAUUGAAACUUUGCAAAAUAAAAUUAAAAACCUGAGGGAGGUGAGAGGUCAUCUGAAGAAGAAGAGACCUGAAGAAUGUGAUUGUAACAAGAUAAGUUACCAUUCGAAACACAAAAGCAAACUGAGGCAUAGAGGAUCUCAUCUUCAUCCUUUCAAGAAAGCCCUACAGGAGAAAGACAGGCUGUGGCUGCUUAGAGAACAGAGGCGAAAGAAGAAACUGCGCAAACUGCUUAAGAGAAUAAAAAACAACGACACAUGCAGCAUGCCUGGGCUGACCUGCUUCACCCACGACAACCAGCACUGGCAAACUGCCCCCCUGUGGACACUGGGCCCUUUCUGUGCCUGUACCAGUGCCAACAACAACACAUACUGGUGUUUGAGGACAGUCAACGAGACCCACAACUUCCUGUUCUGUGAAUUUGCUACUGGAUUUUUGGAGUAUUUUGAUCUCAAUACCGAUCCAUACCAGCUAAUUAAUGCAGUGAAUACGCUAGAUCGAGAUGUUCUCAAUCAACUGCACAUCCAGCUCAUGGAACUGAGAAGCUGCAAAGGAUAUAAACAGUGCAACCCACGAACUAGGAACAUGGAUCUGGGGCUUAAGGAUGGAAGCUACGAGCAAUACAGGCAGUUUCAGCGUCGAAAGUGGCCAGAUGUGAAGAGACCAUCAUCUUCCAAGUCGCUAGGACAACUGUGGGAAGGAUGGGAGGGCUAAUCUCCUCCACCUGCUGGACCUCAGUGAGGAUAUGAACUGGCCAGAACUUGAAUCCAUGUACAGACUAAAUGAAAACAUGUAUGAUUUCAGAAAGAACUAUAACGGUAGCCUGGAGGACUGGAUGAACUUUUGAAGCUCAGAUAGAUAGAUAGAUUGCACUGUUCAGUGAAUUAAAUAGAUGCAGUGAAAUUUUGGGAACUGCUGUCAGGAGUACCGGUCUCUGAAAUCCACUAUUGUACCUGCUUUUUGCUUUGGAUUAUACCUCACCUGCUUCACAAGGCAUUUGACAAGAAGUCACCACUAACACUGUUCCAGGAGUCGACAGAAGAGGAAACGCAGCUGCAUCCCAAAGAGGAUUGCCAUCCCAGUGGGCAAAGUGUACACAAAGACAUUUCCGUGGGAGGAAACUUAAAACGCUUUUCGGUUCAGCUGUAUCUUCAAAUGUCAUAAGAAAAACUUCAAAGCCAAGUAUAACUGUAAAGCAAGAUUGAGAAAAUAUGGACACUUCUGCUUCUAGCUGGGGUGUAGGUAAUGGCGGAAAAGAACUACUGAGAUUCAGGAAUUCAAGGAGCAGCAUUGAAUAGUUUCAACAUCCUGGUAUUUCUGAAAUUUCCUCUGAGGAGACGUUUUAGUUCAAUGUCUACUUGUCCGUCCUAUUGACACCUCUAGGAACUCUAGAGAAAAUCUUGACUAACAGGAAGCCAGAUUUCGGGGAGGGGGGUAUGUACAUAUUGAUCGAUAUCCUGUUUGAAAAUAAACUCCUUCAGGUUGUGAAGAAUUUUGUUAAUAAAAAGUGUGGAAUGUCCACAUACCAUUUCUCAAAAUGUUACUUAAUGGCGUAUAGUACAUUUCAGAAUUCAUCCAUUUUUAAAAGUACUGAAAAGUUUCAGUAAAUGUACGUCUUAAAUUUUAAUGAAAUCAGAUUUGUAUUAAGUCUUUUUAUGUGGUAAUAUUAUAUUGUAUGUUCAAAACCAAAACAAUUCCUUUGAGAAAGCAACAUUUCUUAGUAGUGUAACUUUUAUGUUUAUUUUUAAAAGACGCAGCUCCAACAAGUUCAAUACUCUUGUGGCCAAUAAAAUAUAAUACUAUAGUUCAGCCUACAGCAAAGUAGAUCUCUGAAUAAGAGUUAUUGUUUUAGGUAAAGACUAAAAACGACCAGUCUUCUAAAGCAGCACAGCAUGCAGAGUCUAUUUGAGUAUUUUCCAUAAAGAGAAGGUUAUUAAACACAUUGUAGUACAGGCACUAACAGUGAGAUCUUUAUAUUUAUAAAUUUUUUCCAGUUACUAGGCCACCUGUUAUGAGGCCCAUGCAAGAGGGAGCUCAUACGAUACUGUGUCAAGUUACUACUUCUCCUUUUACUAGCCUACAGCUUUAGAAAUGUUCUUCUCUGCUGUGGUUUGGGAGAGGUACCUACGUUUUCUGAAGUGAAUAUUUAAAAAAAUAGAAAGGCCACAGUUGGUCGAGUCUUUCUCUUAACACUAAGAGGUACAUUUUUUUCAAAACGCAGACUUAACUUGCACUUCUAGAAACACAGCAUAAAAAAUACAUCAAGGAAAUGAUUUUGAUACCCCCUUCUGCUUCUGCACAUUAGGAAACUCAAGUGGAAUUACUUAACUGGAGAUAGAGAUCUUUGGUACCAUACCCAUACACAAAAAAUAUACCUGGAUGUAGAAACUGAGCAAAAAACCCUCGCAAAAAAGUGGCACUGGGGUCUUUUAUUGUAUGUGUUACAGUAAAACUAGGCUUGAGCUUGUACUUGUAUCACACAUAAAUGAGUCAAAUAUACUUACCAAAAUUUUGACAGUUUUUUUUUUAAUCACAGAAAUAAUAACUGAUUGUGUUUCCUAAUCUAACCAUAGCUUCUGUUUAUAACCUGUUACAGAUUUAGUGGAUCAGCAGCAAAGAAACAUCUGCUAGAUGAUGAAAGCCUGAAUCAAUACAAAGUUUAAAAACAAAAACAUUACUUGUAUAGAAAACAUAUUUUUAGAAACACAUUUUUACUGCUUUCCAGACAAAAGUACUAGCUGUCUACCAGUACCUAUCAGUAUGCAGAAAGAAUACCAGGUUAGAUUAAAAAAAAUUUUUUUUGACUUACCUUUCUCUGUGUUCAGUCUAAAAAUUUUGCCCAGGGGAGGGUGGGAGUAGCAGACUCCUGCCUGGCCACUGUCACGGCUCCUGUUGCAUAGCCGUCAGAAGCACAAGUUACUGUGUCCCUUUAUAUACAUGCACAAUAUUGAGCUGCUGGGCUAUUAUGUUAUAUAAGAAGAAACUUAUUUUAUGAAAGGCAGGUUGUUGCCAAGUUAGAUGGAAAAGCUACCACUCUUUGCCCUCCUGCACUGCAGAAGAGUGCCGGUUAAGGCUGACAAAGACAUUAAUUCCAUUCAGGGUACGCACAGCUUUAGCUGUUAGAUGUCUCACAGGUGGAGGGUCCAAGUCAUUACGCGCUCAGCUUUUAUAGCCAACUAGGAAAAAAAGAAUCAUUCGCUAUACAUAGCUUUGCUCAGUCAUAGCUACAGCAUUUCUGUAAUAGCACAGGAUUUUCUCUGACCUUUCCAGAUACAGUUAUCAGCCUUAAAAUACUAGACAGCUAUUACAGUAUGUCACCAAGUUCUGAUUUUAAAUAGAAACCUUUAUUUACAUUAUUAUUAACAUCCAAACACAAAAAUCAGAAGAGCAGUAAUACCUUACAACCAGCUCUUAGAAAUCAGUCCCCAUGGUUUUCUGUUUUGCAAAAUAAAGAUACAGGUAUUCCAAGCAAAACUUAAUGUAAACUAAACUUAAAUGCAAUUCUCAAUACUGUAUGCCUUCUCCUGAGAUUUUUUUUUAAAGUAUUGCUCUCAGAAUUACACGCUUUCAUACUUGCUGUAGCGUUCUAUCACCCGGUAGUCUGCACGUGAAGUCUAAAAUAAAAUGUGCGCUAAUUGGUAAAACA